AUGGGGAUAAAAUACGUACUACUGGUUAGUAGACAAGGAAAAGUAAGACUUGCAAAAUGGUUCAAUACACUUUCACCAAAAGAAAAACAAAAAAUCGUCAAAGAAGUAACACAAAUGGUACUUUCGCGACGUACUAAAAUGUGUAAUUUUUUAGAAUAUAAAGAUGAGAAAGUUGUAUAUAGAAGGUAUUAUUUUAUCAAACAGACCAAAACAAAUACUCAACUUGGAAUUUCAGCUUCAGAUAAUGAACUUAUAACGCUUGAAAUUAUUCAUCGAUAUGUUGAAAUUUUAGAUCGAUAUUUUGGCAAUGUUUGUGAAUUGGAUUUAAUCUUUAAUUUCCAGAAGGCAUACUAUGUUUUAGAUGAAUUGAUUAUUGCGGGAGAAAUGCAGGAAUCAAGCAAAAAAGCAGUAUUACGUGUAGUUAAUCAACAAGAUUCACUGGAGGAAGACAAAAAGAAUAGAUAG